AGCUCUUAUGAUUUAUUUAUGAAUUUGUAAACAUCACUGCCCAUCUGGAAUACAUUUUUGGUAAACAAUCUUUGGGAGGCCAUAAGUAAAGUUUCAAUCGGUGAAAACCUUUGAAACUUGAAUAUGUCACUCUAGACUCCUGUAUCUUUCUUUUGACAUCGGCCUCACCAUUUUGGAAUAAGGGAAACAACCGGUAUAAAUUCUUGAAAUCUAGUUCUUAUUCCAUGUACCAUCCAGUAGAUUUUACAAACCUACGACUUUGAGGUGGCAAAGCCCGACUUAAAUCUUUGAUUCUCAAGCCUAGCUUUCUACUGAAUAUUCAAUGACAUGUUGGGAACUUACUUGCUUAGUUUUAGAAUUUUUGGUGAAGCCUAAAGUUGGUUUUCUAAUUUAUGUUAUGAAUCUGCCAAACUUGAACGCUUUUUGUGCACUGAACUUUAGACAGUCAUAUCUUCUAAACCAUGAAUGUUCUUAGAGUAAAUCCAACUGGAGAGUGUUAUGAUCUCUCCUUAGUUUCCAGAUUGACCCUUGGGGUUCCCAGUGGAGUUUUGUAAAGGGAGAUAUGAAUUUUUAAAGAAAGCCCACUGACUUGGUUGUAAUCUGGAAAUCUGAAAUUUUCAGAUUUUUGCUUGUUAAAUACCCAUCUUUGAGAGGGCAUAUCUUGCUCGUUUGAAUUGUUUUUCAUUCGAUUCAAAUUGGAGAAUGAUCCUUGAAAUGUCUAGUUUCCAGAAUGUCUUUUGGAGCAUCAUUUGGAGAUCCGAGGCAGAUUUGGUGUCUGUUGCAAAACAACCCCUUAAGAGCUCAAGUUGUUGAAUUAUUUUCUAUGUAUCAAAGUUUAUUUUAAAGGAUGUUUCAUGAAAGAUUUCGUAUAUGUGCGUAACAAGUUUGGGACUAUUUAUUUUAAAUGAGGUCCGUUCUUUAUUUAAAUUAUGAUGGACUUUUAAUGAAUAUUUUUGGGAUUAAACUCUUAUUUCUUGAUUUAUAUAAAUUAUUUUUUUUAAGGACUUAUAAAUAUGAAUUUCGUAGGCCUACUGACCUACUGUGAUCGACGGUUUGUCGAUGUCUAAUAGCUUUGAAAAUUUUAUAGCAAGUCCUGACAUGAGUCUUGAGUACCCUGGUAAAAUUUCAAGCCAUUCCAACUUCGUUUGAUACUUCUUUAAAAUGCAAAACCUAAACUGCACAUAACUACCGAGAAUUUCAGAGAACAGAUGAAAGAGUCAUUUAUUUCAGUAGCUUCCUGUGUGAUCUAGCUUUCCAAAUUUUUAUGGUAUUAACCUUAUUGUGUUAGCUAGAUAUCCACCAAAGUUGAGCCCAGUUUGACAACGUUUACUAUUUGUCAAAAAUCCAAGUUUUCGAUUGUUCAAAACUGCCGAACAUGGUAGAUCGUGGUAAAAACGUCAUAUCUCUCAAACCACUUGGAGUUUUCGACUCUACUUUUUUUUAUAUGAAACUAGAUUCGAAGAUCUUUCUUUCGGUAUGAGUCUCGAGUCCAGGAGAUGUCGGAGUCAGAACAGAUUAAAUUUUGAAGUUGAGUCAGUGUAAAAACAGAGCAUGUUUUGAUGAUGUUUGAUUGUGAUUCUUAUGUGCCUUAUGUGUUUGUGUUGCCUAUGUGUUUGAAUGAGAUUAGACGAGGUAUGAUUGAUUUUUGACUGUCUUUAAUGUAACGAAUUAUGGAUGCUAGAACCCUAAAACACUAAAAGAUACCCUAGGCACGUAGAAUUAGACUUUGUCUUAUGACAAUUACUUCACGAACUUAUCGACUCUUCAUCAAUGAAGGUCCGGGCGACAGAAAGUGAAGCCGAAGAAGAAACGACUCCACGCCAGCUUUAAGAACAAUUGAGAAUGCCGCCUAAGAGAGGACGCCCUGCGAAAAACAAUAACAAUCGCAGAAACCGUAACGCUGUACCCGAAGAACCACAAGAUGCUCGAGGACAUAACCCAUCCCCUCCGCCUCCGACUAGGAGAGUCGAAGAACUCUUUUUAAGGCAAAAUCCACCUACGUUUGACGGAACGAGUGAACCGGCUGAAGCUGAGAUUUGGGUGCGUGCAAUGGAACGCAUUUUCAACUUUCUACGUUGUACUGAUGAGGAGCGCCUAUCUUGCGUCUCUUUCCAACUAACAGGAUCAGCUGACUUCUGGUGGGAAGCACGUCGAAAAAUUCUGACACCUGAACAAUGGGCAAGUUAUACUUGGGAAGAUUUUAAGACGGGAUUAUAUGAUAAAUAUAUUCCGAAAAGCUAUAGGAAGAAGAAAGAAGCUGAGUUCUACGAGUUGAAGCAAGGAAAUAAAUCUGUGGUUGAAUACGACAAGGAAUUUUGCAACCUGUCUAGGUUUGCUCCGCAACAAGUGGACACAGAUGAGAAGAUGGCAGAGAAAUUUUGUGCCGGUCUACGGUACGAAAUUAAGAUGGCUCUAGCAAGCCACGGAGGACUCUCAUACACGGAGUCUCUGAACAGGGCACUUGACGUUGAAGCUGCAAUGCCGUCGGACAAGUCAGCCCCAUUGUUGAUCUCAACGCCAAAUGAUCCACCAGUAGCCUCACAUACUCUCAAAGGGAAGCGCAAGUGGGACAACAACGAAGACAAUAUCAAUCAGACUAGUAAGAAAGUGUGGCAAGAAUAUGAACGGGCCGAACAAUUUAUUCAACCAAGGCACGAGGCACAGACUAACCUCGAGCGAACUGGGGGUAACCAAGGUCAGAAAGGAGUUUUACCUUGCCCAAAUUGUGGUAAGAUGCAUAGGGGUAUUUGUCGGGCUGGAACUAACGGUUGUUACAAUUGUGGCCAAAAAGGUCACUACUCCACGCAAUGCCCCAAUAGACAACGAGGUUCAGCAGUUGGGAACACCCGCACCCCCUUGCCAGCAAUACGUGGACACUUGCGAAAUCAGCCUCAAUCACAUCAGUGAAAAUCUUAUGGAGACACCGCAGACAAGAAAAGCUACGUGGGAGCUUGAAAACAAGAUGAAGGAAAAAUACCCCGAAUUGUUUUAGCAGAGAUAUGCAAAUUUCGGGACGAAAUUUUUGUUAAGAGGGGUAGUAUGUAGUAGCCCGCUCUUUUAUUUAUGAUAAAAACUAGUAAAUGCAAAUUUUUAUAAAUGAAUCCAGUUUAUGGUUCUGAUUUUUUUUAUCAGAGGCAGAGUUAUUAUUUUAGCGUUAUAUUUUUUAUAACGUAUGAAAAAAAAAAAAAAAAAAAAAAAACGCGACGAGGAUUAUUGAGCAAUCAAUAAUUAUUAUUUCCAAGUUAUAACUGACUUAGCAAAGUCAUGUUAUUUAUUAAUCGAGAAACAGAAGCAGUUAUAUUUUAUUAGUGCUACUAGAAGUCGAGAAAUUAUUCCGACUGCAACGCAAAUUCAAUCUACGGAUUUAAUCUAGAUUCAUAUUACUGUAUUAGCAUCACCAAGGCAUGAGGAUAUAAUUCAUUUAUUCAUCAAUCUCAUUCUCAUACUUUACAAACUCUUAUAACCAAUUACAGUUUCACCUAUCAAUGCUAUGAAGUAGAUACAUGAAUAUGCUAGACAUAUAUGUAAGCAUACAAUCAUCAUUAUUUUUUUUCCACUCCCUAAUGUCUCCUACACUAUACACGCAUAAUCUCCACUUCUCCACUCCACCAACUAUCUCCACCACCUUUUGCUUUCUUCCACUACAUUUUUUCUCACCACCCUUUCCACUCCACUAAUUCCACUACACCAAACUUUCCACCUACUCCCUUCCCCACCACACGCAAGAAUGCAUCUAACAUUCCAUUAUACAGGCAACAAUCUUUUCAUCAUCUUCAUUCUUCACUAAGGAACCGAAGAGCAGCCACGAGUUCUGCCAUAAGCACACUGCUCCGGCAGUGUUUUGCAAGGCGAUUCCAGCCAUCCAAAAGGUUCCCAAAAAUUCCCAAAUUAAUUGUGUAUCAUCUUUCAUAUGUUUGCUAUACUUUGGCAAAAUUUCAGAAGGUUUGAAGCUCUUAUGAUUUAUUUAUGAAUUUGUAAACAUCACUGCCCAUCUGGAAUACAUUUUUGGUAAACAAUCUUUGGGAGGCCAUAAGUAAAGUUUCAAUCGGUGAAAACCUUUGAAACUUGAAUAUGUCACUCUAGACUCCUGUAUCUUUCUUUUGACAUCGGCCUCACCAUUUUGGAAUAAGGGAAACAACCGGUAUAAAUUCUUGAAAUCUAGUUCUUAUUCCAUGUACCAUCCAGUAGAUUUUACAAACCUACGACUUUGAGGUGGCAAAGCCCGACUUAAAUCUUUGAUUCUCAAGCCUAGCUUUCUACUGAAUAUUCAAUGACAUGUUGGGAACUUACUUGCUUAGUUUUAGAAUUUUUGGUGAAGCCUAAAGUUGGUUUUCUAAUUUAUGUUAUGAAUCUGCCAAACUUGAACGCUUUUUGUGCACUGAACUUUAGACAGUCAUAUCUUCUAAACCAUGAAUGUUCUUAGAGUAAAUCCAACUGGAGAGUGUUAUGAUCUCUCCUUAGUUUCCAGAUUGACCCUUGGGGUUCCCAGUGGAGUUUUGUAAAGGGAGAUAUGAAUUUUUAAAGAAAGCCCACUGACUUGGUUGUAAUCUGGAAAUCUGAAAUUUUCAGAUUUUUGCUUGUUAAAUACCCAUCUUUGAGAGGGCAUAUCUUGCUCGUUUGAAUUGUUUUUCAUUCGAUUCAAAUUGGAGAAUGAUCCUUGAAAUGUCUAGUUUCCAGAAUGUCUUUUGGAGCAUCAUUUGGAGAUCCGAGGCAGAUUUGGUGUCUGUUGCAAAACAACCCCUUAAGAGCUCAAGUUGUUGAAUUAUUUUCUAUGUAUCAAAGUUUAUUUUAAAGGAUGUUUCAUGAAAGAUUUCGUAUAUGUGCGUAACAAGUUUGGGACUAUUUAUUUUAAAUGAGGUCCGUUCUUUAUUUAAAUUAUGAUGGACUUUUAAUGAAUAUUUUUGGGAUUAAACUCUUAUUUCUUGAUUUAUAUAAAUUAUUUUUUUUAAGGACUUAUAAAUAUGAAUUUCGUAGGCCUACUGACCUACUGUGAUCGACGGUUUGUCGAUGUCUAAUAGCUUUGAAAAUUUUAUAGCAAGUCCUGACAUGAGUCUUGAGUACCCUGGUAAAAUUUCAAGCCAUUCCAACUUCGUUUGAUACUUCUUUAAAAUGCAAAACCUAAACUGCACAUAACUACCGAGAAUUUCAGAGAACAGAUGAAAGAGUCAUUUAUUUCAGUAGCUUCCUGUGUGAUCUAGCUUUCCAAAUUUUUAUGGUAUUAACCUUAUUGUGUUAGCUAGAUAUCCACCAAAGUUGAGCCCAGUUUGACAACGUUUACUAUUUGUCAAAAAUCCAAGUUUUCGAUUGUUCAAAACUGCCGAACAUGGUAGAUCGUGGUAAAAACGUCAUAUCUCUCAAACCACUUGGAGUUUUCGACUCUACUUUUUUUUAUAUGAAACUAGAUUCGAAGAUCUUUCUUUCGGUAUGAGUCUCGAGUCCAGGAGAUGUCGGAGUCAGAACAGAUUAAAUUUUGAAGUUGAGUCAGUGUAAAAACAGAGCAUGUUUUGAUGAUGUUUGAUUGUGAUUCUUAUGUGCCUUAUGUGUUUGUGUUGCCUAUGUGUUUGAAUGAGAUUAGACGAGGUAUGAUUGAUUUUUGACUGUCUUUAAUGUAACGAAUUAUGGAUGCUAGAACCCUAAAACACUAAAAGAUACCCUAGGCACGUAGAAUUAGACUUUGUCUUAUGACAAUUACUUCACGAACUUAUCGACUCUUCAUCAAUGAAGGUCCGGGCGACAGAAAGUGAAGCCGAAGAAGAAACGACUCCACGCCAGCUUUAAGAACAAUUGAGGUUGAGCUGUGAUGGGCGAUGAAGUGUUGUUGCUGAGUGGAGUUUUUGUUGAACUUAAAGUAGGCUCAGAAAGGAUACAUGUCUUCAUACAUGUAUCUCAGUUAUGCAUUCCGCUAUAAACACUGAUUAUUUCAGUUACAUCUUCCGUUGCAAACUCUGAUAAUGUUUUAGCCAAGCCCCUAACGAUGCCUUUUUCCUUUUAAGGAAUAUAACGCGUAUACAAGUUCUUUGAGUACCCUUUUUAUGCGACCUAUGCCUUUUUUUCCUUUUUAAGGAAUAUUUCACGCGUA